CAGGUACAAGGCGAUCGUGAACCCGAUGGACAUCCAGACGUCCAGCGCUGUCUUCUGGACGUGUUUGAAGGCCGUCUCCAUCUGGCUGCUCUCCGUCCUGCUGGCUGUUCCUGAAGCCAUCUUCUCACAAGUCGUCACCAUGCAGAGUCACGGAGAUCUAACGAACGGGACCUUUGUGAACUGCGUGCCGUACCCGCUGUCCAAUGAACUGCAUCCUAAGAUCCACUCUGUGAUGAUUUUCCUGGUGUACUUCCUCAUUCCUCUGACCAUCAUCUCCGUGUACUACUACCACAUCGCCCGCACGCUGAUCAAAAGCGCUCACGACAUGCCGGGAGAGAUCAGCGAACACACCAAGAGACAGCUGAACUCUAACGCAGCCUUCAGUAGCGGGACGGACCUUUGAAGACUUGUUAUUGUCAGAGCGUUCAGUCUG